CUCCCGGAACUCCGCCGGCGCCGGCCAUGGUGCGGAUCGUGACCGUGCAGACCAAGCCCUACGGCGACCAGAAGCCGGGCACCAGCGGGCUGCGCAAGCGGGUGACGGUGUUCCAGAGCAAUGCCAACUACACCGAGAACUUCAUCCAGAGCAUUCUGGCCACCGUGCCGCCCGCCGAGCGCCAGGACGCCACGCUCGUGGUGGGAGGCGACGGCCGCUUCUACAUGAGAGACGCCAUCCAGCUCAUCGUGCGCAUCGCCGCCGCCAACGGGAUCGGGCGCCUGGUGAUCGGCCAGCACGGCAUCCUGUCCACGCCGGCCGUGUCCUGCCUCAUCCGCAAGAUCAAGGCCAUCGGGGGCAUCAUCCUCACGGCCAGCCACAACCCCGGCGGGCCCAGCGGCGACUUCGGCAUCAAGUUCAACAUUGCCAACGGAGGUCCUGCUCCUGAAGCCAUCACGGAUAAAAUUUUCCAAAUCAGCAAGAAAAUUGAGGAAUAUGCAAUCUGCCCAGAUCUCCAGGUGGACUUGGGCACCAUUGGGAAGCAGCAGUUUGACUUGGAGAACAAAUUUAAGCCAUUUACAGUGGAAAUUGUGGACUCUGUGGAAGCCUAUGCCAGCAUGCUGAGGAACAUCUUUGACUUCAGUGCCUUGAAGGAGCUGCUCUCAGGGAAGAACCAGCUCAAGAUUCGCAUCGAUGCCAUGCACGGGGUUGUGGGCCCUUAUGUCAAGAAGAUCCUGUGUGAGGAGCUGGGAGCCCCAGCAAAUUCAGCUGUGAACUGCACCCCCCUGGAGGACUUUGGGGGCCACCACCCUGACCCCAACCUGACCUAUGCUGCUGACCUGGUGCAGACCAUGAAGACAGGAGAGUACGACUUUGGAGCUGCCUUUGAUGGAGAUGGGGACCGGAACAUGAUUUUGGGCAAGCACGGCUUCUUUGUCAACCCCUCCGACUCGGUGGCCGUCAUCGCCGCUAACAUCUUCAGCAUCCCCUACUUCCAGCAGACAGGGGUGCGCGGCCUGGCCCGCAGCAUGCCCACCAGCGGGGCCCUGGACAGGGUGGCCCAGGCCACAAAGAUUGCUUUGUAUGAGACUCCAACGGGCUGGAAGUUCUUUGGAAACUUGAUGGAUGCCAACAAACUGUCUCUGUGUGGAGAGGAAAGCUUUGGGACUGGCUCUGACCACAUCCGAGAGAAGGACGGGCUGUGGGCAGUGCUGGCCUGGCUCUCCAUCCUGGCCGCCCGCAAGCAGAGCGUGGAGGACAUCAUGAAGGACCACUGGCAGAAGUAUGGCAGGAACUUCUUCACCAGGUACGACUAUGAGGAGGUGGAUGCAGAUGCUGCCAACAAAAUGAUGAAGGAUUUGGAGGCGGUGAUGUUCGACCGCUCCUUCGUGGGGAAGCAGCUGUCGAGCGGGGACAAGGUGUACACGGUGGAGAAAGCUGACAACUUCGAGUACAACGACCCCGUGGAUGGCAGCGUCUCCAGGAACCAGGGUCUGAGGCUCAUCUUCUCCGACGGCUCCCGCAUCAUCUUCCGGCUGAGCGGCACCGGCAGCGCGGGGGCCACCGUGCGCCUCUACAUCGACAGCUACGAGAAGGAUGCUCAGAAAAUCAACCAAGACCCACAGGUGAUGCUGGCACCCCUCAUUUCCAUUGCACUGAAACUUUCCCAGCUCCACGAGAGGACCGGCCGCUCGGGGCCCACCGUCAUCACAUAGAGCUGCAGUGAGCACGGGGGGAGGCAGCCCAGCCCCUCCCCAGCCAACUGGCACUAAAAUAGGAAUAUUGAUUUCAUCCCUGUAUUUAAGAACACUGUUUUGCUGCUAAGGAUAGCCAAUAAACCCCAGCCCUCAG